AAAACAUAAAAAAAAAAAAAAAAAGAAAAAAAGAGAAAUUCCCCGAAGCGACUCCACGCAAGUCUCAGCAGGAAAAGCGAGAGCGCUUGGCUUCGAUCCUCCGCUCUCCUUCUCUGCUCUCCUCCUUUUCUUCUUCUUCUUCUUCUUCUCCUCCUCCUCCUCCUCCUCCUCCUCCUCCUCCUUCUUCAUCAUCAUCUCUUCUUCUCAAAUUCACAAUUCAGUUAUUAUUCCUUUGAUUUCAAUUUCACUUCUCUCUAUCCUUCACCGCGCCUUCAAUUCCCGGGGAAUCACUUGCCCAUCCAGGUCUAAUCGAAAUCAUUUGAUUGGGCAUCAUAAUCCCAUAUCUGCCUUCAGUUUUGAAUGAACAUUCUCUCUAUACCUCUCAAAGUUGGGUUUAUUAUUAUGAUUAGUUUUAUAAUCCCAAAAGUCCCUUCAACCCUCCUCAAAGAAGACGGCAACUUUGAUGCCUACGGACCUUUCUUAGGGUACAAUUUGUGAAUGGCUAUGAAAAAGAUGCAGAGCAACUCUGACUCUAGACGUUCUAGGGCGAACUCAUAUACGUUGCCAUCUAGUCCAUUGAAAGUUGCUAAAAAUGUUUACCUCAAGAAAAAAAACUGCAAAGGGUCAGAGAAAAAAGAGUGGGAGGAUGCUACCUGCUCAGUCUGUAUGGAGUUCCCUCACAAUGCCGUACUUCUUCUUUGUGCCUCAUAUAAUAAGGGUUGCCGGCCUUAUAUGUGUGCAACUGGCCGCCGAUAUUCAAAUUGUCUCGAUCAAUACAAGAAAGCCUACACAAAAGCUACAUCAACUCAAAGUUCAGAACUAUUGAAUUUUCCGGUUGAAAAUGUAAGCUUCAAUUUGGACGCAGGGCAGCCAAGUGAAAAGGUUAAUGUGCCAGAGCUGUUAUGUCCUCUUUGUAGGGGACAGGUUAAAGGCUGGACAGUGGUGGAACCAGCGCGAAAGUAUCUUAAUUCUAAGAAGAGAAGUUGCAUGCAGGAUAAUUGCUCAUUUGUUGGACGGUACAAGGAGCUGAAGAAGCACGUUAGAGCAAAGCACCCGUUAGCACGACCCCGCCAAGUGGACCCUGUGCUUGAAGAGAAGUGGAAGAGAUUUGAGCAUGAGAGGGAGCGUAGUGAUGUGAUCAGCACGAUUAUAUCAUCAAUACCUGGGGCAGUUGUUUUAGGGGAUUACGUGUUGGAACCUAACCAAAGUGGUUUUUAUAGUGAGUACGAUUCUGAUAUGGAUGAUAAUUUGGAUGAUGAUGCUUUCUUUUCCAUGGACGCAUUUGGUUUAGGACGGGAUGGUGGUUUGUUUUCUCGCAAUAGAUAUCAUAGGGACUACAGCAGGACAGAUGAGAUUGAUUUUGGGAUGCAUCGGGCUGCAGGUCUCGGUUCUACUGCAACUGGUGGGCCAGGUCGUGGUUUCCGCAGAAUUAUAUUUGGGAGAUCAAGGCGGCCAAGACAAAGAGGAGGACUUAACAGAAUUCCGUAACUUAUUAUUAGGAAAGAAGUGGAAAGAGUGGGAGUUAGGGGACAAGCAAGCAAGCUUUUAUUGAUAUAGGGCAUGUAUAUUCGCUUAAAACUAUUCUUGUAAUGGAGGCCUGUCCGCAUUAUUUCUUCGGUUAGAAAUCAUAUACCCACUCUGUUCACGGUGCAUAGCUCUUUUGUAGUGCUUUUUUUUCUUCUUUUUCCUUAAUAGUCAAGAAUUUGGUUUUAACAGCCAAGUCUUGGGUGUUCUUUCCUCCGCCGGCAUUCGGGGGAAUAGGCAUUGGCAUUGUUAGGAUCCGGCAGAGAUUUUAGCUUGGAAAGCAAAGAAGGAAGGUAUUUCAGCAGUGGAGCUACUCCUGAGGUCCUUUGAUUUGUAUCUUCAUUUGGAGUACAUUGACCGACCAAACAGAUCACGACAAUGGAACAAAUAUUUUUCAUUUUUCUGAUCCCUUGUGUUACAUAACAUUUAAUAUUUUUAUGGUUCUUUGGAUGUGCCAUUUUUGUUUUCCAGGAUUCCAUGCUCUGCUUUGCACUUGAACUAUACCCCAUUGUGGAGGAAAAAUGUUUGACUGCAUUUAUCCUAUUUGCAACCCA